CGCUAUUGCCAUAAAUUCCUUCAUUAUCUAGUGACACAUGGCAUUUGCUCUUGAAAUUAACGCCCCCCCCAACCUGAUCUCAAGGGAAAGUAAUCUUGUUUAAUACCGUACAACGGUGCACGAUGCUUAAUGCUAGGAAGAUGUCAUCCCAACCCGCCCCAUCUCACCUAUCGAACGGCGAUACCGACAUCAAGUCUUUGGAUAUCCGCGUUCACAACAGCCCAGUUCUAUCCGAUGACUGCAAUUCAGUUGCGGUGUUGUUCAGAUGUGUCAAUGGGCAUUUUCUUCAAGCCACAGUGGAAUCAAAAAAUGGCCUUGACAAUGGUGUCUUCGAUACCGUCAGCUUUCUAACGCCAGAGUCACUUGUUCGGGUUACCGCUCGAUCGGUGGCUCAUGACACUGGCUCUGACAUCACUCCAAUCGAGCUCUGCGAUAUCCACAACCUGUCGGCCGCCAAGACUCUAAGUGCUUAUAGCAAUGUCCUUCAUGGAGCUUCAGGGGAAGUUCUAGCUUCGAUCCAAUCUCGUACGAAGUUAAUCCAAGAGAGACUCGACAACAGACUCCUGGAUGCUCGUGUUCCUGCAACAGCAGCAAUCUUCAAGCUUUUUUCGGGGGUCCAUGAGCUGGCGGUGGAAUACCUCAAGCUCCAUGACUUUUACCACGUCCCAACCCCUGCACUUGUUGGCUACGAAUUCCCAGGAGAGGAGGACGACUUGUUUACAGUUCCAUACUUCGGCAGGACAGCCAGAUUGGCGCCAACAGGAGAGAUACACCUUGGAAUGGCACUUUCAGCCGACCUGGAGCGCGUCUACGACUAUCACACAGUUUUUCGGAGGGAGCCUCUUUCUGAUGGCAGACAUCUCACCGAGUUCACCAUGCUGGAACUUGUAUUUAAUCUUCAACAUAGCUGGAUAGAGAUCCUCGAUUUUGCUGACAGUCUAUUGGUAUCACUUCUACACUCUUUGCAGAGUCAGGAAAAAUACACUACACUCACCAAUACCGCAAAACGACUCUACCCCCUAGCUGGCACUUUCAAGCUGGGUCUUGGAAAGAGCGGAAAGCUCCCACGCAUCCGUUUCAAUGAAGCAAAAACCCUUCUGAGAGACUUCAUAGGUAUCGAGUCCGACGAUGACAAAGACUUCACUCGGAGCGAAGAAGCAGCACUCGGCAGAUUCCUCGCCAGCGAAGAAUCCCACGUCAGCCCUCCAACCGAUGUUUUCUUCAUCACUCACUUCCCGAAACAUUUGAGGUCCUGCAAUAUCUAUCCCUCUGAUGAACAGGAUGACACAACCCAAUCUUUCGAUGUCAUUCUCAGAGGACAGGAAUGUGUUACUGGAUGCCGACUACUCCACAGCGCUGAAGACCUAGCAGCCGCAUUUGCCAACCGACCUCAUCCGAUUGACCCGGAAACGCCGGAAUGGAGGCCGUACAUGACGGCCCACGAAAUUGGCAUGCCUCCUUGGGGAGGCUUCGGGUUGGGCAUCAACCGUCUUGUACAGGGUUUCUUGGGCUUGGAAGACAUUCGCGAGACGGUGUUAUUUCCUCGUGAUGCUGCCCGUCUUUCACCCUAAUGGGAGAGAAUUGACAGAUGGCGUGGUUCUCCAAUGGCCAGCUCAUUUCUACUCUUGACUUCAUUCCCGACGACAACCAAGUUACCGGCAUCUUGGUUGGAAAGUAACACUGAUUGGACAGGGAAUACGGUAGUUGAAUUUGAUAGAAAUCUAGAAAUCUAAACUCGUUUCAU